AUGGACAAAGAUUGCGACAUGGUAUAUAAGAAUGUUUCUGACAUAUAUAAAUCUGAAGAAUUUAAGACCUACGACAACUUUGUUUCGUUAGUUGCUGAAUGUGUUUGGGAAAUAAGAGAUAAAAAUAGAAGAGGCAAAGUAUGGAACAAACAAAUAAGACCCGCUAUGUUUGAGAUGAAGAGAGCAAUUGACGCUUUAGUUGUUCUAGCAGGUAAGGUUUCAGAAUAUAACGCAAAAAUGAACCCGCAAUGUUCUAAAUGUAAAGCGGCAAUUAGGAAAUAUAACUACUCCGUCAAAGAGAUAGAAAGAAUGAGAAACGACUAUGCAGAUUUAAAGAAAGAAGCAGAAAAGCCAGCAGAAGAUAAAAUGGACAUGUUAGAAUUUCUGAACAAAAACUAUCCAACUGCUGACGAUUUCCUUCUAUCUGACGUCAAGAAGAAAUAUAAAGAGACUUUCGGCAUAGUUAAAACAUUCGAUAUCCUCAGCGAAGAAAUAGAAGCUACAAAACUGUUUAGAGUCUCACGAAUUCAUAACGUUUACCAUGUAAAACGCUUAUAA